UCUCCUCCCACCAUCAUGCCCCCAACUCCAGCCAUAGCAGCAUCAGCAGCAGCAUCAGCACCAGACUGAGCUACUUUUUAUAACCACAUGUUGCUGUGCCGACUGACUGCAUUAGUGUUAGCCUGCAGCUGCUGCUUUCUCACUCGCACACACACUCUCCCUCCCUCCCUCCUUCCCUCCCUCCCUCCUUCUCUCCCUCUCCGAUGUUUUGUCCAUCAGCAAGCGCUAGAGUGCUUCAAUUUAGAGUUUCAGCCACCUGUGACAAGCUGAUGUUUCCUCUACGCCAUUCACACGGACAGCGCUGAGAGAGAGGUAUACAGAGAGAGAAAGAGAGAGAAGUGCUGCUUUUUAUGCUGAGUAUUAGGAGAGAAGUGAUCAGCAACAGCUUAACUGACCCAAAUGUAAGAGACUUCACCGCAGCUGAGCUUUUGUCGGACGUCCUGCCAGUCUGCAACCAUGCCAGGCCUGAUCAGCAAGGCCAAGCGUAGCGCCCUGCCACUCAGUGUCUCUGACAUCACUUCCUGCGUCCGGGGUUACACCCUGGCUAUGACGGCCUCCAUGACGUAUGAAAACAUAGAGGACCACCCCAUUGAAGGUAUCUUUAUUUACCCACUGGAGGAGGGUGCUGUGGUGGUGGGCUUUGAGGCAAUGAUAUCCACUCAGAUAAUAACAGUGCAGAUCAAAGACAAGGCGAAAAUCGAUGACUGUUACUUCGACUGCUGCACGGCCACCAAUGGAGCCCUACAGAGUGGGAGUGGUCAGGUGCUGCUGGAUGAGGAUUUGGAGCGGAGGGUCCUUGUGGUAAACCUCGGGGUCAUUCCCCCUCUGGAGACCGUUAACGUGCUGGUCAGCACGUCUUCUGAGCUGUCUACCCUUCCAAAUGGAGGCAUCCGGGUCACCUCACCACCUGUCUGCACCCCGAGGGUCCAGCGUUCCAUUAAAGAGGAGCAGGCCUUCUCUCCGAGCACAAGCAGGAAGAGAGACAAACACCACUGUGCUCUGGGUUCUCAUGAGCAGAUGGCCUUGAGCGGCCAGCUGUGUCUGGCCUGGCUGCUGGAGGAGGAGUCCAUUAAUUCCAUCGACUACGAAUUCAACUUUCAGUUGGAGAUCAGAGGCCCGUAUCUGUUGGCAGGAGUGGAGAGCCCCUCUCAUGCCAUCCGGGCAGACGCUGACCCAUCUGCCCGCUCCGCUACCAGCAUACUGGUCACCCUAGCGGACAAGUACACGUACGACUGUCCUGUGGAGAUCCUCAUCUACCCCAGUGAGCCGCACCUGCCCCAUGUGCUUAUUGAGGACGGGGACAUGACACUGGAGGAGUAUGACGAACAUCUGAAAGGGAGGAGUGACUACAUAAAGGCCACCAAGAAGGACUCCAGCAAUGAAAAGAAAGUGGAUAUCAUCCAUAAGAGACUCCAUAAGGACAUCCUCCACAACCCUGUGGUCAUGCUGAACUUCUGCCCGGACCUGCAGUCCAUGACAUCUGACCUGCGGAGAGUACAGGGAGAGUUUAUCUUCCUCAUUGACCGCAGUGGGAGCAUGAGUGGAGUGAACAUUAACCGGGUUAAGGAUGCCAUGGUGGUGAUUCUGAAAAGCCUCUUCCCUGCCUGCUUGUUCAAUAUUAUUGGCUUCGGCUCGACGUUCAAAACGCUGUUUGCAACCAGCCAGAGCUAUGACGAGGAAAGCUUAGCUGCCGCUUGUGAAUAUAUGAGGAAGAUCCGGGCUGACAUGGGCGGCACCAACCUUCUGGCUCCACUGAACUGGAUCCUGAGGCAGCCUGUGCAGCGUGGUCAUCCUCGCCUGCUCUUUCUACUGACUGAUGGCGCGGUCAGUAACACAGGGAAGGUCAUCGAACUUGUCCGCAGUCACGCUCGAUUCACCAGGUGCUACACAUUUGGAAUAGGGCAGGGAGCAUGCAGACGGCUCAUAGAGGGUCUCUCCUCUGCUUCCAGAGGCACUGCUGAGUUCCUGGCAGAGGGAGAAAGACUGCAGCCCAAGAUGAUUAAGUGCUUGAAGAAAUCCAUGGCACCUGUUUUGAGUGACAUCUCCAUCGAAUGGCUCUAUCCGGAGACGAAGGAGGUGUUACUGUCUCCAGUGGGGACGACUUAUCUGUUCCCUGGUGACCGGCUGAUUGGGUACAGCGUGGUGUGUGACACUACCCGCUACCACCCCAACCCCAAGUCUGACAAGCGACGACGCUACAGCAUGAUGCGCUCCAAUGAGUCGGCCAGCUCCGUGUUCUACCACUCCCAGGAGGAGGAGCCUGGGAGAAGUGGCUCGGAUGGACAGGGGCCUCCCAAAGACACAACGGGCACCACGUUUGACCCUUACCCGAGCAACAUGUCUGAAAGCAGCCCUGUCACUGCAGAGCAGGAAGCCAUUGGGGCUGAUAUGAGUACAAGGAGACGCGCAUACAGCACCAACCAGAUUGAAGACUAUAACCCGCUGAAGAAAGCAUACACCCCCAGUGACCCAAGCUCAGCAGUGGGCAAAAACCCCCUGAGGCGAGCUAAAGUCCAGGAGCUCAUUGGCCAGACCAGCCCUGACCAUGGGGCCCAGUGGAAGAUGAACUAUCAGCCCCAGCUGGCCAGCCUGUGUGCCACGUCCUCCAGAGGGCAAGGUGUGGUGGGACACAGACCUGCACAACUUGAAGAACCUCACGGUGACCCAGAGCUGGAGCAGACUCAGCCUAGUCCCAGCGCACAGCCGGCCCAAACACAUGGCCCAAACGUUGAGGAAGGCUCCAGAUCGUCCACUGACAGCCCAUCACUGGGCAGUGUGGGAGAGGCAGAUGGCUACACUCACCAGCUUUGCGAAGCAGAAACGCCUCAAGAUCCGCACACCCUGGACUUCAAAGCCAUGGGGCAGGUCAAAGGGGACUGUAAGGCGGUCGUGUCCGGCCUGCUGUGUGGAAAAUCCAUGAAAUGGGAGGUGACCUUCGAUAUCGAACCCUACCUGAAAGGCCGAGAGCGAGAGGAGAAGGUCCACGAAGAUCUGUGGAAUGAAACCUUCCAUCACCUUGCUGCACGGUCCAUCAUUCAAGACUUUGAGCAGAUGGUUGACAAGGAAUGUGAGAUUGAGCACGGUUCUGGUAGGCGGUAUCAGCUGUACGCCAUGCAGACAAGCAAGGCCUGCAACAUCCUGAGCAAAUACACAGCCUUCGUGCCCAUCGAUCUUGACAGCAAUGAGUAUUUACCAACCUCCAUUGAGUACCUCCACAGCGGGGAAGAACUGAAGAGAGGCUCCCACUCGAGCUCGCGCUCUGGAAGCAGGAAAAGCCGUGGCUACUCCGUAGGCCUCGGGCGCUCUCAAUCCGGCCACCUGCCUGAGGGAGAUGACGAAACACCGCUGCUUUAUGAAGAUGGCACUUCUCCCUGUAGCACUCCAUCAUCAGCUGGAUGGGAACGAUGCACCUUUCCAGAAGCCUCUCAAAGGAGUUCGUCUGUGACCUCCGACCACUCACAGAGAUCAGUGGAAAGCCUCUUCUCUGCCAGGUUGAGUCUGACCAGAACACGUCUCCUGACCAAGGCAGCCAGAGGGUUCAUGUGUCGAGCUCAGAGCAAAACCAGUGACUCUGUUGGAGAGAGUGACAAUGACAACAAAGACUACAUCCCUCUGGUGUCUUUGCAGCUGUCUUGCGGCGCAUUCAUGCUGGACGGCGCUUUAUGCGAGGCCAUCAACGUGCCCAUGGACAAGCUGAAGUGGACGUCCCCUUUCACCAGCCACAGGAUCAGCCUCACCCACCUGUCCCACCACUCCAGCAGCAGCAAGAGAACCGACAGUCUGGAAGUCCACCACAGCUGCUCUCCCCCGCCUAAAGACCCUGAUCUCAGCUCUGAAUUGGAGGAGGCGGCGCCUCAUAGCCCGAAUUCUCCCAACCUGGCCCGCAGCCCUCGAACCGAAAGCGGCUCCUCGCUUUUGGGUGGCCCCUCCUCCUCCUUAUCAACUGAUCCACCUCUUUCACCCAAUAACUCCCAGGCUGACAGUGGGCGUGGCUCAGAGUCGGAAAACGUGGACACGUCCCAGCCCGUCUCGCCCGGAGGCCUGCGGAUGGUGACCCAGGAACCAGAGAGCAUGGUGUGGGCCACGGCCGUGGCUUUAGCCUGGCUGGAGAACAACUCGGCCAGCUACUUCAUCGAAUGGGAGCUAAUCGCAGCCAAAGCCAGCCUGUGGCUGGACCUGCAGAUGGUCCCAGAGGGCCGGGACCUGGCAGCAGUGAAGGCCGCCGCCAACCAGCUCUUCAUCAUCCUCAGACAUUGGGAUGAGAACCUGCAGCUCAACAUGCUGUGCUACCACCCCAACAGCGUCUGAUGGUAUAUAGAGCCCAAUGUGUAAACUAUGCUAAUGCUAAUUUUGAUGUUUUUUUUUGAGGGGAUAUUUUGCUGUGAAGCUUCACAAUGUUGACAUUACACGUCUGUUUGGAUUUGAUGUGCACUGAACCACCAUGCAGACUUUAGCCUCCCAAAAAUGCAAUUUAUGGCAAAGAAAUAGAACACAACAGCUCCGGUCUUGCACUUUUCUGUUUUUUUUGCUCCUUCUUUUGGAACAAAAACACCAUACCUUUCAUUUCAGAUAACAGACUAAUUAAAUGCUACAGUGCUGCGAUACCUUGUAUGAGAGGCAAUCUACCCCAUUUGGAGUCUCAUUAAAUGCUGUCACUAGGCACUAAUUGUGCUUGAGGUUUAUCCUGACACUCUCGAACGUUAAAAUUGGGUGAUAAUUUGAUGGUAAAUUAUUCAUAGCGAAGGUUAUAUGCAAACAAGUCAAUGACCGUGACAGCUCUUGGGUUGGACGUAAAAAAAAAGAACUCCUCCAGUGUUUUUUUUUUUUUUUUCUGACGGCACAUCCAGUCAGUGACGUCCACAGUGAUGCUGAAGCAUGUUAGUGUAUGUUAAUGUCCUGCGUUGUGGAGGGAAGCAGGCUGGAACAAACGUCAAUAUGUCUGUGUUUGUCUCAGAGGUAAUUAUGUAAAUAUUUAUUUUGUGAACUUUGUGAUUGCUGCUUGUCAUGACGAGUAAAAGCGAAUCGUAUCUGCUGCGAAUAAGACUGUUGACGGUCAUCCACUUUCUGUGGUGUGAUGGCAUUUCUUGGUUUUCUCACUAAGGCACUGGAAGAUCGAUCAAUUUGAUGAAUACUAUCACUGUCAAAGGCAGCGUAGUUGAAAAAUUGUAUUUACCAUGCAGCGUAUUUGAUUGUCUUUGAGGAUUUAAGAAGAUGUCAAAUUAUUGCUGAGAUGGCACUUUCUGUAGGUCAAAGUGCUCUCCAGUCUUAAGUGCCUGACCCAGCUGAACUUCUCCAACAAACUGUUACAUUUUUUAAUGUCACUUGAGGUUUAUCUCUCGUUUGUUGUUUACUAGUGUGUUUAUGAGAUCAGUGAAUCUAUGGCUCAAUUAUCUUUCUUGUUGUUUUAUUUAGUUUCAAAACUGGGAAGUCCGUUUCCACUUAACCAGUUAGUAAAUCAAAAUUCAUCAGUGAGAGAGGAUUUCAAAAUCAUGAGUUACUAUAAUGACAAAGUUAGUCUAAAAUAUAAGAUACUCAUUUUUGAGUAUCUUAAUUAUGAGAUCAUAUCUGAUAAUGAAGUUGUGAUUUGGGCAAAAUAUAAAGUGAUAAUUAUGAGACAGUACCUCAUAACUGUAAGACAGUGCCAAUAAUUGUCAAACGUCCUCAUUUUCUUGAGAUAAUAAGACAUAAUUCUUAACAGUAUCAUCAUAAUUAUGAGAAAAUAUCUCGAUAUCAUGAGAUAGCCAUUGGAAUAAGGAGAUAGCAAGUCAUAAAUAUGAGACAGUAUCUCAGUAGUGUAGAUAAAAUUUUACAAUUACAUCAUGUCAAAUACUCAACAUAUCUUAGUGAAAAAUAUAAUAAACACGAGUGCCUUACAAUUAUGAGAUACUAUCUCAUCAUCAUAAAUAGGAGAUACUUGUAAUAUCUCAAGAUCAUGAUAUAACAAUUGAAAAAAUGGCACAGCAAGUCAUAAAUAUGAGAUAGUAUCUCAUAAUUGUAAGACAAUCUCAUUCAUUGUGAAACCUCAUUUUCAUAAGAUAAUAAGACAAUUGUUUUUAUAGUAUUGUCAUAAAUAUAAGAUAUUUGCAAUAUCUCAAUACCAUGACAUAGCAGUUGGAAAAUGAGACAGCAAGUCAUAAAUAUGAGAUAGUAUCUCGUUAUUAUAGUUAUAAUUCUAAACUAGUAUUAGAGCAUCAUGUUAAAUAUGAGACACUCAUAAUAUCUCAGUAUGAAAAAUGUCAUAAAUAUGGAAUAGUAUCUCAAUCUCAAUACCUUAUAAUACGAGACACUCUCGUGACUUGAUAUCUCAUCGUUCUAACUACUAUCUUAAUGAGAUAGCAAGUCAUAAAUAUGAGAUCAUGAGUCUUAAUGAGUCAACGUUGAGAUUGACUAUGACUAAUUAUAGUACAAUAGUUCUGGUAGCAUCUUGUCAUUGAGAUCAAAUGUCUCAUAAUCAUGGCUCACUAAAUGGACUAAAUGGAAACAGACUUCUGUACAAAACUGAGCAAAAACGUGGCAAAUUGUAAGUGAAAAGAAUCAAGGUUCUGUUUAUUUCUGCUAAGCUCAUGUCUGUUAUCCACUGGAAUGGGUGUUUGUUUUUUCUGUACAUGAUUGUAACCGUUCUCUAUCACUCAGGUAUUGCUCCUGUGUAGCUUGGGUUCCUCUGGUGAGCAUGGUGUCUAAUGAGAUGCAUGAGUAUGAGACAGAGAAGCGUCUCUCCUCUCUGGCUUAGUCCUGCAUGUAGGCAGGGGGCUGAGAGAGUAACCACUGAUAUGUAAAAUAUAUGCUUGUGAAUGUGGCCGUCGACUCUUUGCGUAAAAAGUGGACUCCAUUUUUUGAGGUCAGUUGUGUUUAUAAAGUGGCUGUCAAGCUCUUCUCGACUCGCCGUAGUGCUGCUAGUGCAAUGACGGAGUGUGUAACUGCAUGUAAUAAAGUCUUGCUGCUGAGUAAGUGA